AUGGCCCCCGUCUCUGUUAGUAGUGCUUUGCUGAUGGUCGCACCCUUGACCGGGUGAUCGACGUCUCAGUAGGCAUGAUCUUUCCCGAGAAGCAUCCGAGCUCACUUCGCGCCAAACCCCCCUCACCGCGUGCCGCACGGACCACGUAUACUCCCUCCCUCUCCCUCAUUUUCCCCUCUCUGGUAGGCCAAGUCCAAGAAGUCCGCCACCACGGCCGCGAACUCGCACAAGUUCAUCGUCGACUUUUCCGGACCGGCCAACGACAAGAUCUUUGACGCCGCCGCGUACGAGAAGUUCUUGGUCGACUCGAUCAAGGUCGAGGGCAAGACGGGCCAGUUGGGCGACGAUGUCAAGAUCGCCAAGGAGAAGGAGGGACAAUUGAGCAUCACCAGCCAGAUUCCUUUCUCCAAGAGGUACCUCAAAUACUUGACCAAGAAGGUGACUUUUGAUUGCCCAUCCCUGCCAUUGCCACGACGAGGUCGGCAGAUAACUGACUAGCCCAUUGCAUCGGCCGGCUCUUGCAGUUCUUGAAGAAGAAUUUGAUGCGCGAGUGGCUCCGUGUCGUCGCUACCGACAAGAACACCUACACGCUCAAGGUUAGCCGCGCGAGUGUUCCCGGCUGGACCGUCUCGAUUCGAGUGCUGACAUCCCGCUUCUGGCCACUAUAUCCAGUUUUACAACGUCGCCUUCGAUGGUGCCGAUGAGGAGGACGCCGAAUAA